GCAAACAAACGCGACGCAACGCAAGUGAAGUGAUGAUGGUGACCCAUACAAGGGUACCAGAGGCAAAGUUGAGCUGCAAAGCCAAGUAGCUGCAAGCCAGGAUACAGCGCACACAGCCUCGGAUAUGAAUAUGCACCGAUGGUCGUCCACUUUUGUUUUUAGACACAUCGUCUGGCGGACGAUUUAGUGCAAACUUGCAGUUAGUUGUCGUAGCAGCGACCUGCUGGCGUGAGAGAUUCCUGAGCUGCUUGGGGAGCUAGCUUCCAGGCUAGUUCACACCAAGCAAGGACUUAGCCGAGCAGCUAAGGAGGCUUUUAACACUGCAUCAACUCGGUUGGACUUUUUCCAUUCUGGGAUUCCUUGAUUUGGACAUUUUUGUAUCGGAUCGGAGCUCAUGGACCUGACGGCAAAGUGAGCGUAGCGUGGCUGGAGAUAAGGGAUUAGUGGCGGCUCUGUGGAGCUAGCCCCGCGGAUCAGCCUGCUACCAGCCCCGCACUUCCCCCACUCCUCCCAGAGCCGGCUAGCCACGUUAGCCCGGUACAUAACAUGAGAAAACCGUCCACGUUUUGUGAAGCUGCGUGGUUCGCCGUGUUAAACUGAUGUAUGAGGACUCCACAUUUGGGUUGUAAGAUCUCUCUAAAGGAGGUCAAACUCGAUAGAGGGGAUGGAUGAGCAGAAAUCAAACUGCGAAGAGAAUGACUCGGAACCAACAGCUGAUGACGGUGCCCCUGCAAAGCAGUCUCUCAAAUCUGGGGAGGAGUCGGAGACGAUUCCUCUUGAGGAUGACAAGUCUGGCGCUACGCCCGCCAUGUCUAGCACAUUUGUGGAGAGUACGAGGGCCUGUGCACUCUGUAACUGUGUAGAGCGCAGCCUUCAUGGACAACGGGAACUCCGACACUUUAGGCCAUCUUCCGAUCCGCCGACCCUGGAACCCACCGCUUCUUCCCUCCCAGGGCCUGGGAACGAUGACCUGUCUUCCAUCGGAUUCUCCGACUCCUCUUGCCUCGCAGCACUCUUUGACGACUCGGGGGGAUGUUGGGUCCAUCACUGGUGUGCAGUGUGGUCGGAGGGAGUGAAGCGGUUGGAGAAUGACCAACUGGAGGAUGUGGACACGGUUGUUAUCUCAGGGACACAACGGCAUUGUGAAUACUGUAAGCGGCUGGGCGCGACGAUACGAUGCCAUGCUGAGGGCUGCUCCCGGUUCUACCACUUCCCCUGCUCGGCAGCCAGUGGCUCCUUUCUGUCCAUGAAGAAGCUUGCGCUCCUGUGUUCAGAGCACAUUGACAAGGCAGAAGAGUUGGUGGGCGAGGAGGCCUGGUGUGCCGUCUGCGACUCUGCAGGGGACCUUCUGGACCUGCUGUUCUGUACCGGUUGUGGGCAGCAUUACCACGCCGCCUGUCUUGAGAUCGGAGCCACGCCCAUCCAGCGGUCGGGCUGGCAGUGCCCGGAGUGUAAAGUGUGCCAGACUUGCAGAAAUCCAGGGGAAGACACAAAGAUGUUGGUCUGCGAUGCCUGUGAUAAGGGCUACCACACCUUCUGCCUCCAGCCAGCCAUGGAAACCCUCCCCUCUGACCCUUGGAAAUGCAGGAGGUGCCGAGUGUGCUCAGAGUGUGGCGUCCGUGGGCUAGCGCUCCCAGGCUCCACCCAGUGGUUUGAUAACUACGCUGUGUGUGAGGACUGCCAGCAGCAGCGGAGCUCCAAAUGUGCUGUGUGCAGUAAAGCGGCCUCCCCAUCUGUCACCUUGCAGAGCUGCAGCCUGUGCCACAGGCAUGUGCACAGUGAAUGUGCAUUGGCGGCUGCAGAGUCUACAGGCGAUAAGUACACCUGUCUGCUCUGUAAGGAGGCUCCGCCUCCGCUGGACCCAGCAGAGACCCGGGCGGGAGAGGCCUCGGAGGAGGACAACGCGGUAAUAAAGAUGACAACCGAGCCGUCGGAUGAACCAGUGGUCACAAAGGAACGCACAACCACGGCUGUAGAGGACGAGAUGCCCAUGGAGCUGGGGUCUGAAGCCGACGCUGUUGAGAAGGUAGAAGUGGAGGAGAGCAGUAAGAAGGUGGAGCAGCAGCAGCCCGAACCGGAGGAGGUCAUCUCGGAACAGCCCGCUGCUCCGGCUACAGAAUGUGGAGGAACAGAACAGGAGGCCACUUGUGCUCCCGCUGUAGAAGAGACGGCAGGGCAGUCGGAGAGCCGUCAGUCCCCAGCCUCUCCUCCCCAGGCCGGGACCCAUUCUACCGAGUCUCCCGUGAGGCCCACACCGGACUCACAGCAGGGCCCUGGGGAGCUGGAGGGGCCUGCGAUGCAGGGAGGGGACACCCGCGCUGAACAGAGAACCAUCUCCACCACGGCCCCACCAUCCAAUCAGGCUCCAUCAACAUCCACACCUGAGGAGGAAGAGGAGGAUGAGGAGGAUGAGGAGGAUUCUGAACCCAUGGCAGUCGACCGGGAGGACCAGAAGAAGCCGGCUCCAUGUCUGGGGUCCAGCCCUCCUUCCCCCGCCUCACCUCGGCCCCCCUCUGCUCCAGCCGACACCCAGGGGUGCCCCUCUGCCGACGAGGCAGACUGCAGAGCGCUGCCUCAGUCAGAGGAGGAGGAAGACGAGGAGGAGGAGGAGGAGGAAGAGGAGGAUGACGACGAGGACGGCGGCGAGCCGAUGAAGUGUCUCCGGGUGAAGAUCAAGCAGGAGCCGGUGGAGCGGCAGGUGAAGGUGGAGCUGCUGGACGAGGCCUCCAACAUGAGCCCCGGCGACGGCAGCAGCAGUGGCUUCCUGGGGUCCCCGGCGGAGCCCGACCCCCAGGACUUCUGCCUACUGCCGGCGCGCCGCUCCCGCGCAGACUCCCUGCUCACCGAGACGGACGACUCGCUGCCCUUUGAGCCGCAUAAAUGUGACGGCGAGAAGCUGCGACGGAGAGGGUCCCCCGGGCGCUCGCGGAUCAAACAGGGGCGGGGUAGCGGUUUCCCAGGGAAGCGGCGACCUCGUGGUGGUGGUGGAGGAGCUGGUGCAGGGCGGGGGCGCGGUGGGAGGUCACGCCUCAAAGCCAUGGCCUCCUGCAUUGACGCCUUCCUGCUGAGCAUGACCGAAGAGACUGGACACAAUAAGGAAGAGGGAGGCGAGGUGGAAGAGGAAGACGAGGCCAUGCAGAACACCGUGGUGCUCUUCUCAAACACUGAUAAAUUUGUCUUGCUCCAGGACAUGUGUGUCGUGUGUGGCAGUUUUGGGAAGGGAGCCGAGGGACAGCUGUUGGCCUGUGCUCAGUGUGCACAGUGUUACCAUCCAUACUGCGUGAACAGCAAGAUCACCAAGAUGAUGCUCCGUAAGGGCUGGCGCUGCUUGGAGUGCAUCGUGUGCGAGGUGUGCGGGAAGGCCUCGGACCCGUCGCGCCUGCUGCUAUGCGACGACUGCGACGUCAGCUACCACACCUACUGCCUGGACCCGCCCCUGCACACGGUCCCCAAGGGCGGCUGGAAGUGUAAAUGGUGUGUGAGCUGCGUGCAGUGCGCCUCCCACUCCCCCGGCUUCCACUGCGAGUGGCAGAACAACUACACCCACUGCGGCCCCUGUGCCAGCCUGGUCACCUGCCCCGUCUGCCGGGAGAACUUCAUGGAGGAGGAGCUCCUGCUGCAGUGUCAGCACUGCGACCGAUGGGUCCAUGCCGUGUGUGAGAGUCUGUACACGGAGGACGAGGUAGAGCAGGCCUCCGAUGAGGGCUUUGCGUGCACUUCCUGCACUCCCUACGUCCCCAAGCCCGUAGUGGUGGAGUCGGCCAUCAUGGCCUCCAUAAAGAUCAAGGAGCCAGAGCCCCAGUUCUACCGGCUGGAGGGCGUGUGGCUGACGGAGUCGGGCAUGUCCCUGCUGCGCAGCAUCUCCAUGUCCCCGUUGCACAAGAGGAGGCAGCGGCGCUCCCGCCUCGGAGGCCUCUGUGGGGACGGCGGAGACGGCCUGGAGCUCAAAGAGGGCGACGGCGGCGGCGGCGACGGCGACGAGGGCAAAGUGGAGCCGAUGGACUGUGAGACUAAGAUGGAGCCACCGGGGACCCCCGAGAGAGAGCUGGGAGCGGAGGGCAGCGGUGAGGGCCUGGGCUACUGUGACGGAGUCAAGGGAGGUGCAGAGGAGACGGAGGACGGCAAGAAGAGGAAGAGGAAACCCUACCGACCUGGGAUCGGGGGCUUCAUGGUGCGGCAGAGGAAAUGUCACACGAGGAUCAAGAAAGGAUUCUUCGCCCAGCUGGCUGGAGAGACCACUUUAGACGGACAGCCAUUGGAAAGAACUAUCGAAGAGGGUCCCCAUCCCGACACGGACAACAUCAUGGACCCCAAGCCAGCCGAGGGCGAGGAGCAGAAGAAACGCCGGGGGAGAAAGAAGAGCAAACUGGAGGACAUGUUCCCUGCAUAUCUCCAGGAGGCGUUCUUUGGCAAGACACUCAUUGACAUGAGUAAGAAGGCGGUGGUGAUACCUCCGGUCCAGAGGCCAGGAAUGUGCCCUUCUCGACCCCCGGAGCCGGCCUUACCCGGCCUCAUCCCUCCAGUCCAAGAGGCUGAAGCCCAGCACGGGAUGACCGAGGCGACUCUGCCUCUCAAGCGCGAGGUGGUGGACACACCCCUGACUCAGGGAGAGGGAGCAAGAGUUUCUACGCCUUCCUCGUCGAUGAAGGACCAGGCCUCCUCCGAUCCUCACGGCUCCGAUGCAGAGAAAAGUGACGGUCUUCCUCAAGGCAUGGAGAGCCAAGAUUCGGAGCAGUUCUUCCGCAGGGUGCUGGGGGUGUCCGAUGGCUCCACUCUGGAGGGCAUGAAGCCCAUCUUAGAGGGCAGUAAAGGAGAGCUCAACCGCAACGCGUUGCAACAGAGACCUCUCCUCUCAGGUUCCCUGCCCUCAGCUGGAGUGAUGGACACCUUCCCCGGCCUUGCCCAGUCUCCAUUCUUUGACAUGCGGGACCGUGGGGGGCUCUUCAGUCCAGACGGUGGAGAGGAAAGCCCCUGGGCCACGCCCUCGACUCCGGCCACCCCUUCCACGCCCCCCACCCCCACCGAGGUAGAGGGCGACGGGCUCUCCUACAACCAGCGCAGCCUCCAGCGCUGGGAGAAGGACGAGGAGCUGGGGGAGCUGUCCACCAUCUCCCCCGUGCUCUACGCCAACACCAACUUCCCCACGCUCAAGCAGGACUACCCAGACUGGGCGAGUCGCUGCAAGCAGAUCAUGAAGAUCUGGAGGAAGGUCUCUGCGGCCGACAAGGUUCCAUUUCUGCAAAAGGCCAAAGAUAACCGAGCAUCUCAGCGCAUCAACAAGGCACAGAAGCAGGCGGAGAGCCAGGUGUGCCGGCCAAUCAAGACAGAACCAGGACGAGUGAAGGGCGAGCGGCCAAGCCUCCACCUCCAGAUCCCUCCCCCCUCGGGCUCCGCCUCCACCCCGUCCCAGCCCAGCUCCGCGGAGAGCCCCUUCCCUUUCCCUCCGAGCCACGGCUCCUCUUCCGCCUUUUUCCCGGACGGGCCCCCGAAGACCCCGGGCUCUGCCGAGAUCCGGACGGAUCCGUUUGCCAAGCUCCCUCCUCAGUCCCCGCGCGCCCACUCCCAGCCCUCCACCCCCUUCUCCCAGGCCGGGACCAGCCCCUCGCAGGCCAACUCCUCAGGUUACCCUCCUCCUGGCCCGCACGGUCCACCUCAGGGACGGCCGGCCCCCGGCCCCUUCGACAUGCAACCAGGCGCCCCUGGCACUCCCCGGCGGGCCCAGCAGGUAGAUCCCUAUUUCAGAUCGCAAUUGCAGCAGCAGCAUCAGCAGCUGCAGCAGCAGCAGCAACAUCAGCAGCAGAGUCAACAGCUUCAGAUGCAACAAGGCUCUCUGGAGUCCUUAGGACCUCCGCAAAGUCCUCAUUCAAGGGCUGGUGGACCCGGGGAGCCGCUCUUCUCUCCUCCGCACACUCCCCACUAUGGGGAUCCCUUCCGAUGCCAGCAGGGGAUGGGCCGCCCGGAAUAUGGCUCAUCUUCCUCCCCUUCGGCGAUGGCCGCCUCACCUUCGGGCCCGGGGCAGUACCGGGCUGAUAUGAACGCGCCUUCACCCCGCUCCUCCUCGAUGGGGCGGAUCGAUUUGGCCACGGGCUCCCCUGCAGGAAUUCUGGAGUCCGGUGAUGGUUUGUUUAAGGCCCCGCUGAUGCCACGGAUGCACCCAGGGGAAGGCGGGCCGCUCCAUCCCGGAGCUUCCCCCAAUCACCCCUCAGAGGCCUACAGGCAGUCCCCCUCCAACCCCUUCUCCGACCCCUACGGCCAGCCUCCCCUCACUCCAAGACCUCAGUCGGGAGACGGCUGCUCCCCUGUGCCCCAAAGGCACGCCGUGGCCCAACACGAGACCUGCCCCCGGGUGCCGUCGAGCCCUCAGUCCCAAGGCAGCGCCCCGUCGCCCCUCACCCCCGGGGGCCUGUCAAACGACACCUUCUCAGUCCAGUCUCCUGGCGCCAAUCGCUUCCAGUCUCCCGAAACUUACUCCCGACCGCCGUCUCGGCCCCAAUCCAGAGACCCUUUUGCCGCCCUCCACAAGCCCCCGCGGCCCGCCUCCGCCGCCCCCGACGGCGCGCCGAGCUACAGAGGUUCCCCUCACCCUAACCAGCCGCCCCCCGCAUCCCCCACCUCCAACCCCAACGGGGAUCACAUCUCCGGGAACACCUCGGCACCCCCUCCUUUUAGCCGCAGCCUUAGCACCUCCACCUACCAGAUGACCCAGCAGCAGGCUCAGAUGACCCAGCAACAGGCUCAGAUGACCCAGCAGCAGGCUCAGAUGACCCAGCAGCAGCAAGCUCAGAUGACCCAGCAGCAGCAGGCUCAGAUGACCCAGCAGCAGCAGGCUCAGAUGACCCAGCAGCAGCAGGCUCAGAUGACCCAGCAGCAGCAGGCUCAGAUGACCCAGCAGCAGCAGGCUCAGAUGUCCCAGCAACAGGCUCAGAUGUCCCAGCAACAACAGGCUCAGCUGUCCCAGCAACAACAGGCUCAGCUGUCCCAGCAGCAGCAGGCUCAGCUGUCCCAGCAGCAGCAGGCUCAGCUGUCCCAGCAGCAGCAGGCUCAGCUGUCCCAGCAGCAGCAGGCUCAGCUGUCCCAGCAGCAGCAGGCUCAGCUGUCCCAGCAGCAGGCUCAGCUGUCCCAGCAGCAGGCUCAGCUGUCCCAGCAGCAGCAGGUUCUGAUGUCCCAGCAACAGGCUCAGAUGUCCCAGCAGCAGGCUCAGAUGACCCAGCAGCAGCAGGCUCAGAUGUCCCAGCAGCAGGCUCAGAUGUCCCAGCAGCAGGCUCAGAUGAACCAGCCUCAACUCCAGCUGCAGCAGCAUGUCCAGCAGCAAGCCAUGGCAGCAGAUGGUUUCAACCCCAGGCUUUCUUCCGGGUCCCAUGACCCAACAUCUGUCCGCCCUCCGGAAUCGCCCCAGCAACCAGCGCUGCCCGUGAGCCAAGACAUGCCAGAGGUGCUGGAUCCUGCGUUGGUGGGCCUCAGCCCAUCCGAGUUGGAGAAGCAUCGACAGCGGCAGAAACUGCGAGAUUUCUUAAUCAAGCAACAAGUCCUAAGGGGCGUGCGGCACGCGAAGCCGGCUGCUGCUCCCUCCAGCAACCCCGCCGCUGGCUGGCAUGGAGGAGACCUGGCACAGUCCCACAAGGCUCCACCGCCUUAUCCACAGGACCGUGUGGCUGCUGCUAUAUCCGGACCCCAGGCUGCUAUGGCCAGGAAGAUGCCAAUGGCUAUUGGGGGCAUGGAGGAAAAGCUCCUCUGCCCACAAGCUCUGGAGACCCCUGGCGUUUUGGAUCCCAAUGCAAUGAGACAACCCGGACCCGGCAACCCUCAAGCCAUGUAUGGCCGUCCCCCGUUCCCUCCUCAGUGGCAGGGUCAGGCGUCCGGCCCCCGGAGGUUCCCACCGCCUGGCAUGGACUCCAUGCCCCCCCGGCAUCACCUCAACCCUGCCGUCAAUAUGCAGGCCAUGCAGGGGAUGGUGAACCCCCGUGGCAUGAUGGCCGGGCCCGGAGAGGCCAUGCAGCCAAUGGGGCAGGGACCCCCACCGCAGUUCAUCGAGUUAAGGCACAACGCUCAGAGGUUGCCCCUCGGACCCCAUUUCAUGCUCAGAGGGCCACAGGCCAGACCCCGUCUCUGCCCUCCCCAACAGGACCUCGCAGCGCCUUAUGUGCCGCAACAUACCAUGCAGGUCGACCGGGCCGGCGACUCACAGAUGGGGCUGCAGCAGGGAGGACUAUCGAUGUUGAUGCCCACUUGCCCUGCAACGCAACAAGGCCAGCAUCCGCAACAAACAAUCGCUCACCCGUCCAACCAUCCUGGAUCACAGCAACAGCAGCAACAACCGCAGCAACAACAACAGCAACAACAGCAACAACAGCAGCAGCAGCAUCAUCCUCCACAGCCUAGCAUAGGGCCUCAGGUUGACCCGAGCGUCGACCUGCCUGAACCUGACCUGGAGGGCCUUUCGGACGCCCCUGGGGAUGGCGGUGUGGAGGACGACGACUUGGCCCUCGACCUGGACCCUGACAAAGGAGAUGACGACCUGGGUAACCUUGACAAUCUAGAAACCAAUGACCCACACCUUGACGAUCUGCUGAACAGUGACGAGUUUGAUCUGCUGGCCUACACUGACCCCGAGCUAGACCAAGGAGACCCGAAGGACGUGUUCUCGGACCAGCUCCGCUUGGUGGAGGCGGAGAGCGAGGCGCCUACUGCCUCUGGCUCUGCUGACAUCAAGGUGGAGCAGAAACCCAAGCUGGAGCCUGGACAGGUUUCAGAUACGUCGGCCUCAUCAGCUCUUCACGCUCCCCCCUCAGAGACGGCCAGCACCUCCAAAAUCAAAAUGGAGGACCGAGGCCUAAUGGACGGACAGAUGGUCAUCAAAGACGAGAUGGGAGAGGCCGUAUCCAUGUUACUGGGUGGAACGGGUGCAUCAGGCAAGCAAACACAACCGCAGGCUCCGUCUGCCUCUCUCAGCUCUGUUCGCUUAGGGGGAAUAUCCUACCCUCUCCCGGGUCAAGGCGAUCCCCUCUCAUUCCCUCCGUCCACCCCACACCCAGACCUGGGGGCGGACCCACUGGGGCUGCCCGAUGUCGGGGGUCACACCUCUCCUUCUGUUGACAUGGCCAAGGUAGAGAGCUCUUUAGACGGGGAGUUGCCUCUUCUCAUACAGGAUCUACUGGAGCAUGAGAAGAAGGAGCAGCAAAAGCAGCAACAGCAGCAGCAGCAGCAACAACAGCAACAGCAGCAGCAGCUCAGCUCCAUGCACCAGGCAGGCAUGCCCAGCCACAUGCAGGGCAUGCCCGGUCAACAGCCCAACCCGCAGGCCCCUCCUGGCGCCCUGAUGCUGCAGCAGCACCACCACCGUCCACCUCCCCAAGUCAUGAUGGGCCAGCCGGGAAUGGGCCCGCGGCCCAUGCACGCCAUGCAGCCCCAGCACCAGCAGCAGAGGUUCAUGGGACCGGGAAUGGCUCCUCCACCUCACAUGGCUCAGCAGCAGGCCAUGAUGAGGCUGGGUCAGCCUGGGGGCAUGCACCCCGGGAUGAAUCACCAACCACAACAGCAACCCCAGAUGGGCAAACAGCCCCCCAUGGCCAAUAACUUCUUCCCAAACAAAGAUUUGGAUACAUUUGCUUCAGAUGACAACAUGGAUCCCAUUGCAAAAGCCAAGAUGGUGGCGCUAAAGGGCAUCAAGAGAGUGUUGGCACAAGAUCCACUCGGUGUCCCACCUGGGAUUAACAGACAACAAGUGUCUCUGCUGGCCCAGAGGUUGGCCUCUGCCCCAGGAGCCGAUCAACUUGGGCAGGCUGUCCCGGGAUCAUCCAAGGAAGGAGAAACCAGUACGGCUCUCCAGACACGACCCAAUCCCCCGCAGUUUACUCAAGGAAUAAUCAAUGACGCCGAGCAGCAGCAGUACGAGGAGUGGCUCAUCCACACCCAGCAGCUGCUCCAGAUGCAGUUGAAGUUCUUGGAAGAACAGAUCGGCGCUCACCGGAAGUCCCGCAAGGCCCUCUGCGCCAAGCAGCGCACGGCCAAGAAGGCCGGGAGGGAGUUUGCCGAGACCGACGCAGAGAAACUCAAACUGGUGACCGAAGAACAGAGCAAGAUCCAGAAGCAGCUGGACCAGGUCCGCAAGCAGCAGAAGGAGCACACUAACCUCAUCGCCGAGUACAAAAGCAAACAGCAGCAGCACCAGCAGGGCUCUGGCUUAUUGAAGCCGGGCCCCUCUGCACUGGCCCCUCCUCACAUGCUCUCCAAGAUGCCUGGCCAGAUGAUGAUGGGCCAGCCGCCUGGCAUGAUGCCCCAGGGGCAGCCCUUCAUGGCCGGGGCUCCCCCCCAGAACCCCGGGGUCCUUGGUCCCCGGCCCCCGGGUCCUCCGGGCGCCCCCGCGGGCUAUUUCCCCCAGGGGCCCGGGAUGCAGGGCGCCGACCCUCGGCUCCUCCAAGAAAGACAGCUGCAACAUCGCAUGCAGCUGGCCAAACUCCAGCAGCAACAGGCGAUGAUGGGCCAGCACCCAAUGGCACACCCAGGCCCACAGCCCGGGGUCAUGCCCCAUCCGGGUCAGCAGCCCGGCAUGAUGCCACAGGCACAACCUGGGAUUAUGGGGAACCAGCUCAUGGCUCAACAGCAGCCAAACAUUCAACAAGGGAUGCCAGUGGACCAGGCCAACCAACAGGGCAUGGUGCCAGUUCCCCAGGGAAUGGUUGGGGGCCAGCCAGUCCCCCAGCUGCCACCGAACAUGGUGCCCAUGAAUCAGCCUCCGGGCAUGAUGUCAGCUCAGCCUGGGAUCAUGGUGACUCAGCCCGACGGCCCAUCUCAGCAGCAGCAGAGACCUCAGUUAAUGAUGGGUCCGCAAGGAAUGGUUGUGGCUCCCGGUCACCCUGGCAUCAGGGGUCCACAGGCCCAGCUUACUCUGCAACAGCAAAACAUCUUAGCCCAGCGAAUGAUAUCUCAGCAGCAGAUGCAGCAGCAGCAACAGAUGGCACACCGACAGCAGUCCCAAGGCCUCAUCAAUCAACCCAACCAAGAUCAGAGGACCUCCCAACCUUCAACGCCGCAAAUGUGCUCCUCCCCUUCUGCAGGAAGCAUCACUCCCCAGCAACAGGGCGGUACAGAGGGUCUGCAGCAGGCCUUCCAACCAGACCCACAGAACCCAGGCCUUAAAGAAAGAGCAAUGCUCACCCCAGCUCCCAGAACCCCAUUACAGCAGAGUGGGCCUCCGACUGCCAGCCCAAUGGUUCAACAAGGAUCUACAGGGGAGCAACAUAUGGAAUUGGCACAGCAGCAGCAGCAACAACAGCAGCAGCAAAAUCCAUCUUACACACUUCAGAACCAACCCGCCGGCAUGGCUCCUCAUGGUCCACCCCAGUCUGCUCUGGUCACCAUCAAGCAGGAGCGGCAGCAGAUGGAUGUCUCAACUUCACAGCAGCAGCAGCAGCAACAACAGCAUGCGGUUCAGAAUGUCCCGCAGCAGUCCCAAGAUCCCGGCCCCCUGCAGCAUGACGGAAUUGGCCCGGUCCAGAAUGUCAUGGGCCAGAACCCGGGUCCGAUGCAGCCGCAGCCGGCCCUGAUGGGUCAUCCCAGUCCCCAGCAGCAGGCCCUCAUGGCGCAGCAGCAGAAGCAACAGGCCAUGAUGGGCAUGAUGAGGGCCCAGCAGCCGGGCAUGAUGGUCCAGAGGCCGGGCGCGCCCCCGGGACAGAUCCGCAUGCCCAACAUCAACAUCCAGGCCAUCAUCGCUCAGAAUCCCCAGCUCCGCAACCUCCCCCCGAACCAGCAGAUCCAACACAUCCACGCCAUGAUCGCCCAGCGCCAGCAGCAGCAGCAGCAGCAGCAGCAGCAGCAGCAGCAGCAGGGCCAGAUGAUGAGGAUGUCCAUGGCCCAGGGCCAGCCGGGUCAGAUGAGGCCUCAGAUGGCGCCGGGCCAGCUCCACCAGGGGGACCCACGGAUGGCGGCUCCCGACGGACAGCCGAUGCAGUUUGCUGCUGGGGGUAAACCCGGAGCGGUGGGUCCUCCCCAGCCGGGUGUGUCGGGACAGCAGCCCGGGAUGCCCUCUCAGAUCCUGCAGGGGAUGAUGGUCCCGGGGCAGCAGCCGCCGCCGCCGCAAGUGGGGCAGAUGAUGCAGCAGAUGAGCCGGGCUCAGAUGGCGAUGGUGCGGUUGCCGAUGGACCCCAGUCGUAUGGUGAGGCCCAUGUCUCCACACCGAUCCGUCCCCAGCUCCCCUGGGGACCCCCAGCGCCACGCCAUGGCUCAGGCGCUGGGCAUGUGUCCGCCCGCUCCCAACCAUCAACAGCAGCAAGCGCACAUGGUCGCCGCCGCGGCGGGCCGAAUGCCGGGUUCCCCGUCCCAAGCGGGGUCUCCAAGAGGACCCUCCUUCACGAGGAUGGACGGCAGCCCCGCCACCCCCGGGACGCCGCACUCCACCCACGUUCCUUCCCCGUCGCAAGCCGAGGGCGGCGCCGGCAGAGGGAGUCCUUACAGCCAGGUCAGGGCGUCCCCGCUCCGGUCCCCCGGCGCCAAGAGCCCCCACCACUACCCAGGGCUGAAGGCAGAGCCGCACUCCUCCGCUAAUGACGCGUCCCAGACCCCCUCGGUGCCCCUCAACGGGCCGCAGCAGGAGGAGCGUCUUCAGCAGCCUCUCCCGCCAAAGGCCUCGGCGGGCCACGGCCCUCAGCCCGGCGCCAGGGAGGGGGCCCUGUGCCGGAUGACUCUCCAGAACAUCAAGCAGGAGCCCGGGGAGACGCAGUGUGACAGCGGCUCACCGGCGGGCGCCCACCCCGGGGCGAUAAAGAGGGAGGCCCCCCUGGAGCUCAUGAACUGCGGCCACCCUUCUGGCUUCAUCAACGCAGAGAACCGGGGCGGGGACCCGGGCACGCUGGGCCGGUCGGAAACGGGACAGCAGCUCCUCCAGAAGCUCCUGAGGACCAAGAACCACCUGGCGGCCCAGAGGCCCUCCGAGGGGAUUCACAACGAGAUCAACGGCCACAUCAACAGCAAGCUGGCCAUGCUGGAGCAGAAGCUCCAGGGAACACCGCGCAACAUGGAGGACCUGCAGUCCAUCACUAAAAAGACUCCUCUGGCCAAGGCCAAACGUACCAAUAAGCCGGGCGGGGAGCGAGGGCCCAACCCUCGGAAGAAGAACAAGAAAGAGGAUGUUGGAAAGAGUGCUGAGGCCCUGAUGAAACAACUGAAACAGGGCCUCUCUCUACUGCCUCUCAUGGAGCCCUCCAUUACCGCCAGCCUUGACCUGUUCGCGCCCUUCGGCAGCAGCUCGGCCAAUGGCAAAGCCCCCCUCAAAGGCUCUUUUGGCAACGCAGUGUUGGACAACAUCCCCGACUACUACUCACAGCUGCUCACCAAGAGUAACCUCAGCAACCCCCCCACGCCCCCGUCCUCCCUCCCCCCGACGCCCCCACCAUCGGUGCAGCACAAGCUGCCCAACGGGGUCACUGGGGCGGAGGAGCUGGCCGACGCUCGGAAGCAGGCCGAGACCACCGAAGACACUAUGGAUCCCGUCAGUCAAGAGGUGAAGAGCGUGGACAUCCUGGCUGCUCUCCCAACUCCACCGCACAACCAGAACGAGGACAUCAGGAUGGAGAGCGACGACGAGGACGCCUCGGAGAGCAUCGUCCAGGCCUCGUCCCCGGAGAGCGCCCUGGGCGACGCCAUGGCCCGCUUCCCCUGUCUCCGGGAGCCCAAAGAGGAGGAGACGGAGCGGGCCAUAUCGCCCAUCAUCCCCCUCAUCCCGCGCAGCGCCAUCCCAGUUUUCCCUGAGAUCAAGCCAUUCGAGGCCACCGACAGCAAGGCCGUCUCCACGUCAAACAACUGGGACAGCUCCAAAAACAACGAGGUCUCCGUCACUUUCAUGCUGUCCUCCGCCGCAGCCAAGAACCUGAACCACAUGAUGGUGGCCAUGGCCCAGCUGCUUCACAUCAGGAUGCCCGGGUCCUACGAGGUGACCUUCCCUCCGAGCCCGGGAACACCUGGAGCCGCCGGGCCAGGUAAUGCCCCUGAACAGCCAGGCGACGGCGGGACACACGACGGGCCCUCGGUGAGCCAGGACGACUGGCUGAGGCAGUUUGACGUGACGCUGCCAGGGUGCACGCUCAAGAAGCAGGUGGACGUCCUCGCCCUCAUCAAGCAGGAGUUCUCUCAGCAGCAGGACAAACCAGCGCAGCACUGCUACACCACCAACGUCAACGACCUGGACGUACGCCACCUGCCCGUCAUCCCGGUGGAGGAGUCCCCGCCCCCUUCCCCCUCGCCUCCCCCGCCCCCGUCGGAGCCCGCCCCCGUACCGGAGGAGGCGGCGGCGGACACCAAGCCGCCCUCCGUCCCCCUCGCGGCGGUUCACAUCAAGACGGAGCCGGAGCCGGAGGCCGUGGCCCCGCCCGCCGACUCAGCUGAGAGGCCUGAGUCUGAGGGUCCUGAGGCCGCCGAGGCGUCCUCCGCCGGCGACGCCCCCGCUGACCCUGCUGACCGCCCGGCCCCCGACCCCGCCGCUCCCAGGGAAGACCCUCCGGCCCCGAAAGAGGAGCCCACCGGCCCCGACGAGCCCGCCCCGACCCCCGGCAUCUCGCCCGAGCACGCCAUGGAGGUGGAGCCGGCCAAGCCGGCGAAGCAGCAGCAGCGGCGGCCCUACUCCCCGGACGAGGCGGCGGUGCAGCCGCGGCCCAAGAAGUGGAAGGGCGUGCGCUGGAAGCGGCUCCAGCUCGUCAUCACCAUCCGCAAGGGCGGCUCCAAGAAGGAGAACCACCGCGAGGUGUCGGAGCUCAUGGAGCGGCUGCGCGUGGCGCUGCGGCCCGACCGGCUGCCGCGGGACAAGCGCAAGUGCUGCUUCUGCCACGAGGAGGGCGACGGCGCCACCGACGGCCCGGCGCGCCUCCUCAACAUCGACGUGGACCUCUGGGUGCACCUCAACUGCGCGCUGUGGUCCACGGAGGUGUACGAGACGCAGGGCGGCGCCCUCAUCAACGUGGAGGUGGCGCUGCGCCGGGGCCUGCGCACGCUCUGCGCCUACUGCCAGAAGACGGGCGCCACCAGCAGCUGCAACCGGCUGCGCUGCCCCAACGUCUACCACUUCGCCUGCGCCGCGCGCGCCCGCUGCAUGUUCUUCAAGGACAAGACCAUGCUGUGCACGCAGCACAAGCUGAAGGGCCCCAGCGAGGAGGAGCUGGGCAGCUUCUCGGUGUACCGCCGCGUCUACAUCGAGCGCGACGAGGUCAAGCAGAUCGCCAGCAUCCUGCAGCGCGGCGACCGCUUCCACCUGUUCCGCGUGGGCGGCCUCAUCUUCCACUCGGUGGGCCAGCUGCUGCCCUCCCAGAUGGCCAGCUUCCACUCGCCCACCGCCAUCUUCCCCGUGGGCUACGAGGCCACGCGCAUCUACUGGAGCACGCGCGUGCCCAACAAGCGCUGCCGCUACCGCUGCCGCGUCAACGAGCAGGACAGCCGGCCCUUCUUCGAGGUGCGCGUGCUGGAGCACGGCAUGGAGGACCUGCACUACAGCGACACCACGCCCGAGGGCAUCUGGGAUCGAGUGGUUCAGCAGGUGGCCCAGCUGCGGGACGAGUCGGCCAUGCUGAAGCUGUUCGCCGACCGGGUGAAGGGAGAGGAGAUGUACGGCCUCACCAUCCACGCCGUCAUGCGCAUCACGGAGUCGCUGCCCGGAGUGGAGAACUGUCAGAACUACCAGUUCCGCUACGGCCGCCACCCUCUCAUGGAGCUCCCUCUCAUGAUCAACCCGAGUGGCUGCGCCCGCUCAGAAGCCAAGGUCCCCACCCACUGCAAGAGGCCGCACACCCUCAACAGCACCAGCAUGUCCAAGGCCUACCAGAGCACCUUCACGGGCGAGACCAACACGCCCUACAGCAAACAGUUCGUCCACUCCAAGUCGUCCCAGUACCGCCGGCUGAAGACUGAGUGGAAGAACAACGUGUACCUGGCCCGCUCGCGCAUCCAGGGCCUGGGGCUGUACGCCGCCAAGGACCUGGAGAAGCACACCAUGGUCAUCGAGUACAUCGGCACGGUGAUCCGCAACGAGGUGGCCAACCGGCGGGAGAAGAUCUACGAGGAGCAGAACCGUGGCAUCUACAUGUUCCGCAUCAACAACGAGCAAGUGAUCGACGCCACGCUGACCGGCGGACCGGCACGCUACGCAAAUCACUCGUGUGCACCCAACUGCGUGGCAGAGGUUGUGACCUUUGACCGAGAGGACAAGAUCAUCAUCAUCUCCAGUCGCCGGAUCCCCAAAGGAGAAGAGUUGACCUACGACUAUCAGUUCGACUUCGAAGACGAUCAGCACAAGAUCCCCUGCCAUUGCGGAGCCUGGAAUUGCCGAAAGUGGAUGAAUUGACGGGGGAGGAGCGAGACGAAGAUAGAGGGAGAGCAGUGCACUCUCAUUGGUGCCAGGACACUGCUGCGCCAAAGCCUUGGAAUAGCCAGAGCAUAAGCUGUUGUGAGAGACAUGGUGGUACCCAAGUGUUGACACCCGUAGCCAAAGGUUUGGAAAGCAUUAACUGUUGAAGCAACCGACCACCUCCACUAACACAAGCCUGAUGCUGGGACGGUCAGCUGGGACUAGGAGGACGAGCCCUUCCUCUGCCAAACCCAGAUCCCAACCCACAACCCCCUCCCGACUCCACCCUCCACCCUGCACCUUUCUACUGCUCAAUCUCAAUAAGCUCUUGAAAAUCGCUGCAAGAAAAUCCUCAAUAUUUACCAAAUGACUCUGACCCUACUGUUCUGUCUCUCAAUACUAGUAGUGCGAAGCUCGGUCAGACUGCUGGAAGUUACACGACAAAAAGCCAUCUUCAAGUACUAAGAAUGAACUAAUGUUUUUUUUAUGUUUUAAGUCGGACCUAUUCCCCCUUACCACCUCCCCUCUCCUUCCAACUCCUGGGAUUAUUGAAAUGAAUAAAACAUGAGACACUUUUCCCAUCAAGACAUCAAUGAAGACACCGUGGAUAUUGGCUAGACAAUCCUGUUGUGGCUCUCUGUAGAGCUGCAUGCGAUCGAUGGAUAAGAUGUAAGUUGAUAUGCUAUUGAUAUACUAUUGACCCGUUUGGAGUAACGGUGGGUUAGUUUGGACCCAGUCUACCUCAUCCAUUUUAUUGGGAAGUGACUGCUUUGUAUAAAACUAAACAAACUGUUAACUGCUACUGUGGGAGGGGAGGGGCGGGGCGGAGGGCCUCUCGGACAAGCAGGGAAACUAUAGCAGCCGGUUUGCUCUUAUCUACUCUAUGCUGAUGAUGACUAUUUACAAUAAUGAGCCAACAUAUUAUCCAUGAAUUAUUUAUACAGAGAAAUUAUAUGACCGUUUUGAUAAGAUUAUUGCAUUAAGUUCACAAUCAAGCAAGCUUUCAGGGGUCCUAUAUGCUACCAGUUAGACCUGUCUUUUCAUCUUGAAUUUGUAUUUUUUUUCUUUUUUUUCCACAACCUGCUCUUUCUAUUUAUGCAUCGGACAUCCAGGCUUUGAGGUGUGAAAGCACAAUGACACCCACCUUACUAUGAGUUGCUUCCACGUGGAGUUAUGGGUGUAAGCGGGUGGGCCCCUCAGUUUCAGGGUCAUGCUCCGUCUUACCUUACACACACACAUACAGACACAGACACACACACAUACACACACACACAUACACAACCCCCAUCCCGCCCCAAAUGAAGGAAAUGCGUGCUGGUGGCUUCACCCGCAGAUCCUCCACUUGUGUCCCGCUCCAUUCAUGUUUUAGUUGUGUUCCAGUAAUUCCACAGCCUCUCCACUCCUCCACCUGAGACCUGGCCCACCUCGCUCUCUCUACCACAGCGUGGACUGUUGUACAACUUUACUGUAGAGAGUCUUCUCUGCCGGGGCCGAGCGUGUGUCUGCGUUUCUUUGUGCUUUUUUUUCUAGUGGUGGUCGAGUCUUCUUGAGGUCAGCAGCUGGCAGUGGAAGACUCGUUUUAAAAAGGGCAUUUGUUGUCAGUUCUUUGUAUAAAAAAAAAAAAAGAUGUAAAAAUGAACGACAAAAUUAAAUAUUUAAGUAAGGGAGCUUUGCUGAAACUCCCGAUAUCCCAUGUUAUGCGGUAUCCUCUUCCCCUUAACCUAAGACCUCACAGAAUUAAAAAUGCAAGUGUGUGUGUGUCUGUGUGUGUGUGUGUGUGUGUGUGUGUGCGUGUGCGUGUGUGUGAGAAACCCACAGUAGGGGACAGCAAACUUUAUCCAAAACAUUUUUAAUCAAUAAAUUCAAGUGUAGAGAAAUAAAAAUUGAUGUAAAUUUCAACCACUGGAUAUCAUUUUAUCAUGAAGAUAAAGAUGUAUGUAUAUAAAUAUAUGUAAAAUGGCAAACUAAUAUCUUUAUGUUUAUGAACCAGAGUGUUUUUUGCAUUUACCUGUUUUUUCUAUUAGUGAUUUUUAAGCUUUCAAAGACGAGUUUGGUUUUCUCCAGUCAAUUGGAAUGAGAAGCCAAAGUAAUUAGGACGUUGUUUGCUAACGGAUCCGCGUGGAGAAUCAUGAUGAUUAGAUGUAAAAUCACUUGCAUAAAAGCAGUACAAUGGUGCAUAGCAUUUGUGUAUUUAUGUAAUGUUCUCGUUUUGUUUUUAUUUAUGCUACUGCUUGUUGAUUACCAAAACUUUUCCCUUAGUUGGUCUCAAUUGGAUAAGUAUAAUCUAUGAAUGGAAAAAUUCAAGUUCCUUAGGGUAGUACUGUUUUAGUGUUUUUGCUUUUUCUAUUUUCCAUUUUUCAGAUCCUCCCUAUAGAAGUGAAUGUGUUGAGAUAUAUAUAUAUAUAUAUCGUGAAAUGUUUGCUUGGCCUAAUGUAUGUUAUGUUAUACUCAAAUUUAAUCCCGUAUUUACCAGAUAAUGGAUUGCACUCUCAGUAUGAACAGAGUACUUCUCUAAAGUGGUAGAUCAUGAGGCAGUGAUAUAUAUAUAUAAAUAUAUUUUGGUAUGUUUCUACUCGAAGGGAAGACAUUCAAUACAAUGCCCCUCACUGGAUUUUAGGCUCAAUGAUUUUUACCUUCUCUGAAUUCUUAAUUUAAAUUCUCUGCGUAUCUUAUAAUUUAAGAUUGCUCAAAUUGUUUGUUUUUUAAACCUAAACAACUUUUUAAAAAAAGGUGUGCAUCUGUACAGCAGAGACUUCUAGGGACGAUGAAUAAAUGAUCAUUUUUAUUAUAUGUGGCAUGUUUUGUAUGGAUAUUAUUUUCAACUGUAAAUAUUUUUUGAUGAAGCCAGAGGAUGCAUCUUUAUAUACAGCUUUCCCCACCCUCUUUCCCAACAUCUAAUUUCCUGUUUGCUUUUAUUUCUUGUAAAAGGAAAAUAAAAUGCAUUUUAAAUAUUU